AUGUAUGAUCUUUUGCCAAAAACUUCACAUGAAUGGAAAACAAUCGCUGAUGAAUUUGAAGAAAAGUGGGAUUUCCCACACUGUCUGGGAUCUAUAGAUGGAAAACAUGUGACAAUAAAAAAACCACCAGACUCUGGAUCAUUUUAUUAUAACUACAAAAAUACAUUUAGUAUUGUGUUAUUAGCUUUAGUAAACGCUAAUUAUGAGUUUUUGAUGGUAGACGUAGGAUUAAACGGAAGAAUAUCUGACGGCGGAGUAUUAGGCCACUCAGAUUUUGGAAAAAUGAUGGGAAAUCAAUUACUUAACAUUCCUGAACCUCAACAAGUGCGACGCAGUAAUAAGAUUCUUCCAUACGUUUUUGUCGCCGAUGGCGCUUUUGCUAUGACUCAAAAUUUGUUAAAGCCUUAUAGCCGUGUAGGAAAUAAUUUAACUGAAGAACAACGAUUAUUUAAUUAUAGACUUAGUCGAGCGCGGCGUAUUGUUGAAAAUGCGUUUGGUAUACUUGUAUCUAGAUUUGGUGUAUUACAAAAGGAUAUACUUUUAUCUCCAGAAAAAGCACAAACUAUUGUUUUAACUUGUUCUGUAGAUUUCGAUAAUCACGAGACAGGUGAAAUGCAUAACGGAGCAUGGCGGAAUUCAAAUCAUCAAUUAUUAACAUUACAAACUACUACCAGCAGAAAUACUUCGGAUAGAGCUAAAGAAAUCAGAGACAUGUAUUCUAU